GGCGCAUGCGCUUUAGAAAAACAGCAAUGGCUUCCGCACUCUUACACAUGCCACAAUAACAAUACGGGAAACACAACCUAAAACUAUUUUCGCUGAGGCGGACAGACGACAGAUGAGCCAAAAAUGUCUCGGCACCGUAAUGUCCGAGGCUACAACUACAACGAAGAUUUUGAAGAUGAUGACAUGUAUGGGCAGUCUAUGGAGGAUGACUACUGUAUAUCACCAGCAACAGCCAAUCAGUUUAUCUACUCUCGUCGAGAGAAGCAAGCGCCCAAGGAGGAGCCACUGGAGGAGGAAGAAUAUGAAGAGGAUGUACCCAUGCCCCUGACCGUCAGCCAAAACCUUGAUCCUCUCGAUCAAGCCAAGCUGUACUCUUGUCUGGAUCACAUGAGGGCCGUGCUGGGAGAUUCAAUGCCGGACUCUGUCUUGAACCAAGUCGCCAUAAAGUGUGAAUUCGAUGCACACCGUGCGCUGGAUGCCAUCCUCUCCGAAGACCCUAAAACGGCCCUGGUUAGCAAAACCACCACAGAUGUCCCGCCAGCUGUCCAGAGGGUUAACAAGGAAAAAGCAUCGCUUCCGCAAAGAAGCAGGGAGGCGGCCGUGAUUGAGAAAGGAGCCGACUUGUUUGCAUCACCUUCAGACACAACAUCAGAGACCCAUAAAUCUGACAAAUACACACAAGCGUUACACACUGCAUCACUUGGGAUUUCAUCCCCACUUGCAUCGUUCCGUGAUGACCGAAGUCCGUGUUUUGUGGGACCGGGCCUUAGCGGUGGUGCUAGCCUGGCACAGCUCAUCUCCGAGCACGAGCAGAACAAUAAGUUGAAAGGAUCGGGUGAUAAAGGGCAAAGUCUGGGCCCGCCACUGACUACAUCUCCACUUUUUAAUAAUUGUUCCCUGGGCACACUAUCAUCUUUGAACAAUUACGCUCCUUCGCUACUUUCUGCUUCUCUGAGUAGUCUUACUAUAGCGCAACCCAGUGUUAAAACUGUGACUUCUCCCCCUGGAUUUGAAUGUCUCAGCUCUUGCCCGCACAAUCAACACUCAACAAUGGCUCACCCCAAGGGAAGUCCAUCGUUGGCGGAUUUAAUCCAGGAGCAUUCCAACCAGAGUCCCACUUUUAGCGACUCACGAAGGUUGCAUAUGGUUGUUCCAGCACCAAUGCUCUCGCUGUCUGAGCUUGCCUCGCAGCACCAAAACGUUCCUUGUCAAACGCCAACAAACAUUUCGAACUUGAACACCAGUGAGACAAUGUCGCUAACUGAGUUAGCGCUGCAGCAACACAACAAGAGCUCAUUAGCGUCCUCCUCUUCAGCAAUAGAAGGUGGUUUUAAAAGACCACCUGGCCUCUCUGACAUGCUCCUCACCUCGCAUUUGACCCGCGAACUUACAGGCAAAACCUCAGUCGCCUCAAAUGGGUCACAGUACUUCCUCACCUCAGCGAAACCAGCGAGGGUUGAGGUGCUGGCAGAAAGUAUUCAUGAGGGCGGCAACCAAUGCAAGCUCCGCCACAAGCUGCCUCGUGAGAACUCUGGGUUAACAAAGCCGCACCAGAGUAUCGAUUUGAGCACUUUAAUAGCCAACGAUGACGGCGAUCUCCCCUCGCCGUCCUCUCCUGGAUUUGUCGGUGUGGAUACUUCAGUUUUCGCACAACCAUCAGUGUUCGCGAUCACUUUGUCGUUUAGGAGUUGCAGAAGGCACAGAAGAGCAAGUAAGCUAAGGAGGGGGAAAGGUCUGAGGGCAGGGAAUGGUCGCUUGGCUUUUCUCCUCGCGUCAAAAGAGCAGCAUAGCCUACUUGCGCAGAUUGUACCAUUCACCUUUGACACACCUUCGCCGGACGACAUCGUACGAGCAAAUCAGAAAAAAGCUUUUACAAGGUAGACCGGUCAAGGCGCAACUUUUUAAGUGGAAAUAAAUCACUGUUUGGACCAAAUAACUCUUAGCACACUUAAUCUGCCUUUUGGCUUUUAAAUUCACACUACACAAGAACUAAGCUAAAUUAACAUCUUUAAAGUGUAGCCUCUUUUUUAGUUUUGCGCUCACCACCCUAAAAAAACCCCAAAAGGCAAGAAAUAGGUUGAUGUUGCUUGCAGGUGCAGCACAGCUAUUGGAUUUGGAUCAGUUAACCAUGCUGCUUGGGUUUGACAUCACGGAGGGGGAAGACAUUGUUUUUUGUUUUUUUUGGUGUUGUUGAAAUGACACCUGGAGUUUUUCCCAUGAGCAAACGUGUCACGCACCAACACACGUUUUUACUGUAAUAAAACCUGCAUUUAUUCAUCAGAUGAAAGAGUGACUGAUAUGGUAAGCGGUCCUCAAACCCUAAGGUUUCUUUAACAUGCAGUACAUCCAGAAAGUAUUAACAGCGCUUCACUUUUUCCACACUUUUGUUAUGUUACAGCCUUAUUCCAAAUUCAUUUUUGUCCUCAAAAUUCUACACAAGGUACCCCAUAAUGACAAGGAGAAAAGUUUUUUUUUUAAAUUGCAAAUUAAAAAAGAAAAAAAUCACAUGUAAGUAUUGACAGCAUUUGUUCAAUUUGUUGAUGCACCUUUAGCAGCAAUUACAGCCUCAAAUCUUUUUGAACACAAUGCCACAAGCUUGGCACACCUAUCUUUGGGCAGUUUUGCCCAUUCCUCUGUGCAGCACCUUUCAAGCUCCCAUCGGGUUAGAUGUGAUUUUUUUAUUUGUUUUUGUUUUUUUGUAAUAUGUUUGCAAACAUUUAAAAAAAUAAACAUAUUUACAUUGUCAUUGUAAGGUAUUGUCUGUCGAAUUCUGAGGAGAAAAAUGGACAUAUUCCAUUUUGGAAUAAGGCUUUAACAUAAUAAACUGUGGAAAAAGUGAAGCGCUAUGAAUAUUUUCCGUAUGCACUGUAAGUGUGUUCAUCACAAACAUCAUCAGUUAAUGUAAAAUUUUAA